AUGUCUAUCCUCACGAUGCCAGCACCUUCGCCAUAUCCGGCUUUCAGAAACGAUUUGCCUUGGAACGCAACUCGACCACCUCCUGAAUCUUCCCGCCCCCGGAUGGAGUCCAAGCAUGUUUCUCUCCCAUCAAUCCGUCAGACUUUUCCAGAUCUUCAUCUCGAGAGCUCCCUAGCAGAUGUGGCCCCUAGCCUCCAGUCGGCCCAGAAAGCACACCCGCCGAUGGCUGGGACACUGGCAUCACCCGAAUAUGUUCACGCUCCCAAUGCUAACAAGAAGAGACGAAUUUCAAACGAGGAUGAACAGGAGUCUCUCAGAGCAAAGCAAGUUCCAAGACUAUACCGCAGCCCCGAGGCACCUCAGACUCGCCACAUUUCGCCGAGACUGGAUCACAACCCAACUGCAGAUGGCCAGGACUAUUGGGCAAGAAGCCCAUCCAGAAACAACAGCUAUGCUCCCCCAGUUGCCGUUUCUGCACAUGUCUCCGUGAAUAGCCGCGUUGAAUCACGACCAGCUCUUCCAAGCUUACCUCCCAGUCUCAGUUAUGAGAGGGAGGCGCCGUCGACGCAUCGACCACUGGAAACGAGUACCGAAUCGAUUUCUGUUCCCAGACCUACGGUAGCGAGCACCGUAACACCGACAAUGGAUCGGUCUCCGUACCAAAGUCAUGAUUAUGGCUAUGCUUACCACCAUCCGUCCCGUUUUCAGUCUCUAUCGACUAGUUCCGUUCGUUCCUAUGAUCGUGCCCCCUUCUCGGCAGGAGCCGCUUACGGGUCCAACUACUCAGACAUGUCACGAUAUAGUGAUAUUGGCAGUAUGAGUAUCGGUGGCGAUGCAAAGCAACGGAAGCGCCGCGGGAACUUGCCAAAGGAGACGACAGACAAGCUUCGGUCUUGGUUCGUUGCCCACCUACAGCACCCAUAUCCCACGGAGGACGAGAAACAAGACCUGAUGCGUCAGACUGGACUUCAAAUGAACCAGAUUUCUAAUUGGUUUAUUAAUGCCCGAAGACGCCAGCUACCAACAAUGAUCAACAAUGCACGGGCCGAGUCAGAUGCCAUGAAUGGUCGCUCUAGUGCGGGUGGGAGCGACAAUACUGUUUUGACUUCCACGGAGCAAGGUUCAGACUAUGGGGGCAAGCGUGAGGAUUGCAUACCGCUGAGUGAUGGUGAGGGCGGUGGAUACGACGAUGAUAUGUCGGAUCCUCAUCUUGGACGCCUGGCCGGCCGGAACCGCUUGAGUGUGUGA